UAUUCCUCCAUUUGCAAUUUUUGUAGUCAAUUUCUCAUAAGAAUACAAAGAUACUACUUAGUAGCACCUUCUUGGAACACACACGGAUCCAAGAAGAACUAGAAAAACAAGCAACAAGAACCAUCAAAGGAAUCUCAAGUUUGUCUCCAAUUCCAAUACUGCAGCAGCAUUCAUGAGCACUGCAAUGUCAGGCAUGCAUUAUUCUAUUCACCGCAAACAACAACCUCUGUUUCUAACUGCAAAAAGCUAUGCAGCCGUGCAAUCCAAGCAGCAGCUCAUCCUCUCCCCCAAUUUGAGAUCUCCUCACAUGCCACCCCACUCGAACGCAGGCCAAAAGCCUCCCUCUCUCUCCUUCGGCCCGACGGCAUCUGUCUUCUCACUCCUGCCAUGAGGCUUCUCCUCCUCCUUGGCAUCUUACUACUGCCGACAGUGGCCUCGCCAUGUCAUUUCCCGGCCAUCUUCAAUUUCGGCGACUCCAACUCCGACACCGGCGGCCUGUCGGCCGCCUUCGGCCCCGUCCCCUCGCCCUACGGCGAGACCUUCUUCAAGAUGCCCGCUGGGAGGUACUCCGAUGGCCGCCUCAUCAUCGACUUCGCCGCCGAAAGCCUCGGGUUGCCGCACAUAAGCGCGUUCCUGGACUCGGUCGCCGCCAACUUCAGCCAUGGCGCCAACUUCGCCACCUCCCUGUCGACGAUCUUGCCGCAGAACGUCACGCUGGCUCGCGGCGGCUACAGUCCCUUCUCCUUGGACGUGCAGCUGAAGCAGUUCUUGCAGCUCAGGCACCGUUCUCGAGCAGUGUUCAGACGAGGAGGAGUCUUCGGCCAUCUGAUGCCCAGAGAGGAAGACUUCGCCCGAGCGCUCUACAUGUUCGACAUCGGUCAGAAUGAUCUCACUGCGCUGUACUUCCAGAACGUGUCCGCAACGCCGUACCUCUCAGCUGCACUGAAGGAGCUCUCAAGAGUUGUGCAGGUACCUUCCAACAACUCUGAGCACGUCGAUCGUCUUGUUGCAUGCAUUCCGACGACGGCAAUUGUGUUGGCACAGAAGGUGUAUGAGAGAGGAGGGAGGUCGUUCUGGAUCCACAACACAGGGCCCUUGGGAUGUCUUCCCUAUGUGCUGGUCCGCGUGCCGCCGGCGGCCUCACGGUUCGACUCCUCCGGCUGCUCCAUCCUCUUCAACGCACUGGCCGAGCAAUUCAACACGAUGCUGAAUGAAACAGUAGCGCAGCUCCGGAAGCACCUCCCUCUCGCCUCCGUGAUCUUGACCGACAUCUACUCCGUCAAGUACUCCCUCUUCCGCCGCGCCGCGAGUUACGGAUUCGAGCGUCCGUUGCGAGCUUGCUGUGGCCACGGCGGCGGCGCGUACAACUUCAACGCUGACGUCUGGUGCGGCGACACGGCGGAGGUGGACGGCACGAGAGUCCUGCUGGGGAAGUCGUGCAGGAAGCCAUGGAAGAGGAUAGUUUGGGACGGAGCUCAUUACACUGAGGCUGCAAACAAGUGGGUAUUCCAUCACAUCUCCGGCGGGGAGUUCUCGUACCCUUCGGUUCCUCUGAGCAUGGCAUGUGGGAAGAAGACGCCCACAACAUAAUGCCUCUUUGUUUGCAUGGAUUUUGCUGCACCAUUGCAUGGCUUUGGUAGUCUUCUUCAGAAUAACGCUAUGAUUUCUUUUUCUUUCUUUCUUUCUUUCAUAGAUUCAUGGAUUAUUGUCAUAUUCACAAGACAAAAAUUUUGGUUGGUUUAGAUCA